UUAAACGAACCCACCAAUUUACGCCACCCCUCUAGACCUGGGACCGCUUCGCGAGCUCCUCGGCCAACGCCUUCUCGCGCUUCUCCAACUUCCGCUGCGUCUUCAAACCCAUGAUGCCGCCGCCCCAGGGGUGGCGCGUCACGUCGUUGUACAUGGCCUUGAAGGUGCUCUUGAGCUGGUCUAGGCUGUGUUGGUCCUCCUUGCGGACGGACGUGAACGCGACGGCGGCGCACGUUUUUUGGCGCGUCACGGUCCCCAAUCGAGACUUGUCCUUGACGAUGCAGUAGGGCACGUCCAUCUUCUUGCACAAAGCGGGUAACCAGACCACGAGCUCGACGGGGUCCACAUCCGACGCGAUGCACACGAGCUUCGCUUUCUUCGACUCAAUUAAAUAGGUAACAUGCUUCAACCCGAACUUGAUGACGUGCGGCGCCUUGUCGUCCUUCUUGCCGCCCUCGGCGAUCGCCUUCAAACGGUCGGCCUUCGCGGCCUUGUCCUCGGGCUGGUACUUCAUGCACAAUUUUAAGAGUUCCGUGGCCUGGUUCUUGUCGAGCGUCGUCUUGAACUGCUGCAACGCGGGCGGGAUCUUGAGGCGCUCCUUCAGGAUCUUGCGCUGGCGCUGGAGGCGGACAUAUCUGGGCCACUUGACGAACCUCGACAGGUCGCGCGUCGGCCGGAUGUCGCCGCCGACGCGGAAGUUCCGCGGCGUCGCCUGGAAGAGGGGGUCCUGGCGCUUCUCGGGCGCCGGGGCCGGCUUCUUCUUCUCGGGCUCCUUCUUGGAGCUCUUCUUGGACGGCAUGGUCGCGACCUGCGUUGCGGGAUUGGUGAGUGCUCGCCCUCGCGGCGGCGUGCUCUCGUGCCUCGCGUCGGCGCGUCGGCCUCGGCGCUUUCGUGUCUCUUCGCGAGCCGCGGCGACGGCGUGCGGCAGCACCGCUCGCUCUGGCUGCGGCGGCGCUCGCCGGCGGCGCUUCGCACAGCUGCGAGCUCCCGCGGCGGCGGCGUGCUCGCCGGCGCACCGGUGCUGCAGAGGGCGAACUUUUUCGCUAUGCGUCGCGGCGCACCGCUUGCUUCGCUUGCCUCGCUUAGGUGCUGCUUGCACGCAGGCGAGCUCUAGCGAGCGGCCGCGGCGUCGCAAGUUCACAGCCUCUCUGCUGCUCGUGACGUCUCAGCCGUCCGUCAGUCCUAUUUCAACGCUGUAGUGUGCCGUCGCUCAAGCAAAUUAGCCGUGCCGUCUCCAGUCCAGCCGGCG